UUUGCACCAGGAAAAUCCUCCUGUCCCCCUGGGAUCUGUGCCUGCUCCAAGGUUUUCCCACCCUCCAGAGUGCUUUUUCCUGCCCGUUUUCCCCCCAAAUUUGUGCCUCCCGCUUCCUCUGCUUCCAAUAAAACCCUCUCACGGCAUCGCCCCGGGCGCCCUUUAUCCGCCGCCGUUUUUCCCGGGAUUUGAGCUCCGAAAGCUCCCGAGCGGCGACCGGGGUGGCCGGGGCGGCUCCGGCGUCGCCGCCGUCAUUCCCGAAUUCCUCUCGUUGCAGAGAAAAUCCAGCAAAGCCAAGGAAAAGAAGCAGAAGCGCCUGGAAGAGCGGGCGGCCAUGGACGCCGUGUGCGCCAAGGUGGAUGCGGCCAACAAACUCGAGGAUCCCUUGGAAGCGUUUCCCGUUUUCAAGCGCUACGACCGCAACGGCCUCAGCGUCUCCAUCGAGUGCACGCGGGGCUCGCGCCUGGACCGCGCAACAGUCGACUGGGCCUUCGAGCUGACCAAAGCCAACAUGCAAACGCUGUACGAGCAGAGCGAGUGGGGCUGGAAGGACCGGGAAAAGCGGGAAGAGCUGACGGACGACCGGGCCUGGUACCUGCUGGCCCGGGACGCCGCGGCCGGGCCCGUCGCCUUCUCCCACUUCCGCUUCGACGUCGAGUGCGGCGACGAGGUUCUCUACUGCUACGAGGUGCAGCUGGAGAGCAGAGUGCGGCGGAAAGGCCUGGGCAAAUUCCUGCUCCAGAUCCUGCAGCUCGUGGCCAACAGCACGCAGAUGAAGAAGGUCAUGCUCACGGUGUUCAAGCACAACCACGGCGCCUACCACUUCUUCAGGGACGCGCUGCAGUUCGACGUGGACGAUUCGUCACCCGGCGCGGGCGGCUGUUGCGGCGACGACUGUUGCUACGAGAUCCUGAGCCGCCGGACGCGCUACGGCGAGAGCCGGCCCGGCCCCCCCGGCGGCCGCUGCGGGGGCUGCUGCCACUGAGGGCCUUCGGCCUCACCCUCC